GACCGCGUGGAGGGUGUUUAUUUUGUAGAGAACAGAAGUACAGCUGGCGUUAGCAACACGGGAGUUGGGUGGCUUUAACUAGCCACAUAUUUUCAAGCUACUAAAGUCGGAUUUUCGCUUUGAAGCAAACGACGUCUUUGUAAGACCAUCAUGAACCGGUUUAAUCGACCAGGCAGUCACAGGACUCUGCCGUUCACCCGGACAUCGCACCUUGGAACAUGCAAACAAGACCUGGAAAGAGAUUCAGGCUUCUCAGAUGCUAGCUCGGAGUACCUCAGCACAGUCGAAGUGACUGACUCUGAAGAUGCAGCAAGAAACGGGUCAAUAGUCAGCCAGGAGCCAACUGGUCCACAGGUGGCUGUGAUGGGAGGUUCAUAUACUGGACUGUCUCCAAUGAUCAUCAUGAACAACUUUGUGUUAAAGCAGCAAUCAUCCACGGCUCCAGCAGAAAAACAGUGGAACUUUCCUUCACCGUUGGAAAUAAUGCCUCAGUCGCAAGUGGUUCUUCUUCAACCCAUGCUAUCAAAUGACAACAACAGCUCUCCUAAGACUGGCUCUGAAAACACGCGUCAGUCAAAAAGCUACAUGCCCAUCCUCAAAUCAUAUCCCAAAAUUGCCCCGCAUCCCAUGGACACACCCACUAAGAGGGUAGGAUCCUCAAGGGUGAGGGGGAGUACAGCAGCGGGAUAUAACCAGCGACAGAGGAGGCAUCAUCAUGGCCACAGGGUGUACAGCGCCCCCAGCCCCCUGUCAGCACUGCAGAUGACAGCCCAAACCACAUCCAACUUUGAAGCACCAACAAACCAAGCACAGGCAGCUGAGAGUCAGGAGCAGCUUAUCAAGUCUUUCUCCUCACAGGUAGGAACCAGCUCCGUGCCCUCCUACACAGAUGAAUUUAGGAUUCUAGCAGGAGACAACAGGAUGCUUGAUGACGAAUUCGAGGAUGAGGACUCGAUGCGCACUAAUAAGCAGAAACGCUUCAGCAAUACCUACAACAUUCUCAACAAGUCCGGCUUGCUGGGGAUCACCAUGCGCACAAAGCAGCUGAUCAAAGAGAAUAAGCGCACCCAAGGCCAGCUGCAGCAGCUUCAGGAGCAGACGACUCUGCUGCUGGAGGCUCUCAGCAGUGGAAACCCACAACUCUGGACUAAACUCCAGCUUUCUCUCCAGGACACAGAAAAGGAACAGUGGGGGGUGAAACCGCAGAGCAUCCUAGCUUAAAAUAUGUACGGACAUAAUCAGUAGUCCUGAAUCUGGAGACGAGGAUUAAUCAGGAGGCCACAGGAUGAUUUAAUAAAUGUGGACAAAUUGUGUUAAAUAUACUCUUGAACUAAACUUUAAGCUUUCAGACCUUUAUCAGUAGGUUGUAGGUAUUAAUCAUUUUCUACAGCAAAGUCAAGAAAUUAGACAGUUUUGGAGCAGCUGGUUGGAUAUAAAACUAAAGGUCUGUCUCAUAUUGCAUGUUGUUAUUCUGACAACAUCACAAUUGAUAUUACUCCAGGACCGUCACUUCAAAUGACCAGUCACAUUGUUGGGAUGGAGUAGCUCUGCAACUUGGUGAUAAAGGACUGUGAAAAACCAGCAGAAGUGAUAUGGGAAGUCAGAAGCUAUUUUCAGCUGCUCCCUUGUCACAAGGGGUCCCCACAGUGGGUUGUUCCACAUGUUUGAUCUGGCAGAGUUAUUAUUCCAGAUGCCCUUCCUGAUGCAACCCUAACGGGGAUUUCUGUCUCCAGCCUAAAUAUCAUUACAGAGUUGGAGAAUGGGAAUUCAGAAAAUGUGGCAUAAAGAGCAAGAAAGUCUGUAUAGAUGACAUAUCAGGGUAGAUGAAUAGGUUAUAUUCAGUCAUAUAGUGCUGAUCUGCCCUGCCAAACAUCUUCACAGGAUAGCAGUAAUUAUAUUUGCUGCUUGUGGUGACAUUUCCUAUACUUCUUACCCUUAGCAGUGUCAACAGUGAUUGGUCUAGUAGAGCAGAAGAUAUCAUAGGCAUGGUUAACAGGCAAAAAUUUGCACUGCUGGUUUAAGUUACAUAGCUACUUUUAUGGGGAAAAGGGGGGUUGCAGUUGCAGUUUUAACUGCAUGUUAGAAAAGGGCAGACUCAUUUGCUCUUUUUCUCUUAGUUGCACAGUCGUGACAAAACAAUGUGAUCGGUCCACAGACACUAAAACGCUGACAUCAGAUCAUGCUGAGGUCGAAGCAGCCGUUCUUAUGAGAUGGGAGUUAAGAAGCAUGCUUGUAUUUCAAACCCUUGCCUAUAAUGAAUUUUCUUGCCUCUUCUGUUUCAAAAUAGCAAGUAUCACUUGCAAUAGGGCUAUGGCUUCUGUGUCAAACUCCUAAGUGUAGGGAUGCACUGAUUGUAAAGUACUGACACCAGUGUUUAGCCGAUAGCCCAGGCUGAUACGUUUUUAUUUUUCUCUUUGUUUUGUUUUUGUUGUUAUUUAAUUAUCGUUUCUGAAACAAAAAAAAGUUUAAAAUUCUUUCAUACUUUUUCACGCUACCUUUUCUCAUUAAACCAGCUCAAAAUUGAUGGCACACUGUAGAUAAACACUGGCCUCUCACUUUGAUAAGUGUUGUCUUACGUGCUGAGAAGCCAGUGUUCGUCCAUAUGAUUGAUUUCAGUUCGUAAUGAUGUUCGGUCAAUAUGUCGGUGCAUCCCUACUUGAUUGCAUUAUUGCAUGCCUUACAGCACAUACGAAGACACAUGGGGUUUACUCCUUAUACGUGGCAUGAAUGUUGUUAGUGUGGAGAAAGUACGAGGGUUAUUUACUUCUUAGAUCAAAUCCAUCUUUCAUCUUUGUUCAGCAGGUUACUGUGGUCUUUGUUUUUCUUUAUCCUUUAUUUCUAAACUGGUAAAUCAAACUGAUAGAGCCGAUGCAUCUUUUGUAAGAAGUGUCUUCUCAAACAGUGUCUGAUUCACACAGAGUUCAGAUGGCUUGCUAAAUCGUAACAGUUUGUUUUUCGUUUAAUGGAAGUUUAUUUGGUGUCAGUAUUAUUUAUUUGUAAUGAUGUUUCUGACCAAGACUAAAGCUGUGUGAAUACUGUAAACAGAGAUUAUUGCACGGAUUUUGCCAGUUCUGGUAAAGUAAGCUUCUUUUUUUUAUUAUUAUUAUAAGAUAGAAACUUCAUACCUACAGCUUGUAGCAGGUGAAGUGCUGUAGCCAUAUAACUGUGUUGCCUUUGGAUUUGUUGCUGUCAUGUUCAUUCCUGCUAUAGUUUUUGCUUAUUAUUUCGUAUUAAUUUAAACUUUAAGACAAUGAAGUGGGGUUGUUUUGUUUCAUUUCUCAGAUUUCUGAGUUGCCUCUAAACAUAAGCAUAAGAUAAUGUGAAUAUAUAUGUUUAUCAGAAGCCCUGCACCUCUUUUUUUUUUUUAAGUUAAUGUUGUAUGUUAUGUCAAUGCUUGAGCAGCUAAGAUUUCUUUAUUUCUUUUUGAGCUUAAUUUGGGAGAAAGUUUAAUAUACUUAAGGGUUUCCAAAGAUUUAUUAUUCUUCUUUGAAGUUGUAUAACAACCCACAGUGUGGUUAGAUAAUGCAUUCAGUGUUACUGUAUAAAAAUCAUAAACACAAGUUAAAUAGUAAGUCUAGGUUCACUUUGAUUUGUUUUCAGGACCACGAUUUGCAUACCCCGAUCAUUAGUAAUUAACCUGAAUAUUAAAAAUGAAUCAAAAGCAGUCUUGGUUUUAAAAGGGCAAAAGGAGGGUGGCAAAUUAUUACAGUUUGGAUACUUUUUUUCUGAUAUUGUCAAGUGUGCUUUGUGUAAAACUGUUGAAGACCAGUGUGUCAUUAUUAAAGACAAUAAUUAAUCA